ACAUCCAUCAAUAAUUAUAUUAAUAUUAUUAAUUGGAACAAGGUUGGGGUGGUCGCUCUAAUAAACUGGGAUGCGGUAGAUCUUAUCAAAAAAAUAGGAAAGUGAAAAACAAGCAGCAGAUCCACAACUUCCCGACUCUCCAAAGACACCUUCAUCAAACCUCAUUCGGUUUCUCUCUCCUCCUUCUCUUCUCCCAAGUCCUCUCGUCCAAAUAAUAGUCAACAACAAGGUCUCUCUGUUUUCUGGGUUCAGUUCAGUUGAGAGUUGCCUUGCAUUGAGAAAAUCAGAGCAAUGGCGAGGCCGUCAGUAUCAGUAAUCAUAUACAUAACAAUAGCAGUCCUAAUCCUGUUGCUUAUCUCCCACUCCCCCAAAAAAGGCGGCAGCCAACGUCACCGGCGGCUGAAGCUGCGGUCCAACUUCACCUUCGCUCCUCCGCUGCACCACCACAACCCCAUCCCCUUCGACCCUCUCGUCGCCGAUAUCGAGCGCCGCCUCGAGGACCGCAAGUGGGAGCAGCAGCACUUCGAUCUCAACGACUCCGCCCCCGCCGCCGAGUCUCAGCCCGAGUGGGAAGACUUCAUGAACGCGGAGGACUACUUGAACGACGAAGAGAGGUUCAACGUCACCAACAGGUUGCUCUUGUUGUUUCCUAAGGUUGAUGUCGACCCCGCUGAUGGCUUCAUCACUGAGGACGAGUUGACUCAGUGGAAUUUGAAGCAGGCUCAGAAGGAAGUACUGCAUCGCACUCAAAGGGAUAUGGAGCUUCAUGACAAGAACCGUGACGGUUUUGUUUCCUUUGCCGAGUAUCAGCCUCCAAGUUGGGUGCAGAAUGCAGAUAACAAUUCGUUUGGCUAUGAUAUGGGUUGGUGGAAAGAGGAGCAUUUCAAUGCAUCAGAUGCAGAUGGAGAUGGUCUUCUUAAUAUAACUGAGUUCAAUGACUUUCUACACCCAGCUGACAGCAAAAACCCAAAGCUACUUCAGUGGUUGUGCAAGGAGGAAGUAAGGGAAAGGGACACAGACAAAGAUGAAAAGAUCAACUUCAAAGAAUUCUUUCAUGGCCUCUUUGAUUUGGUGAGAAACUAUGAAGAAGAAAAUCACAAUUCCUCACAUCAGUUUGAUGAUUCGAUGGAGGCCCCUGCUAGAAAUUUGUUUGCUCAGCUUGACAAAGAUGGUGACGGAUAUUUGUCAGAUGCAGAGUUACUUCCUAUUAUUGGAAAGAUACAUCCAUCAGAACAUUACUAUGCAAAACAACAAGCAGAUUACAUCACAUCACAGGCAGAUACUGAUAAAGAUGGGCGUCUAACGCUGACAGAAAUGAUUGAGAACCCUUAUGUAUUUUACAGCGCUAUUUUCAACGACGAUGAAGAAGAGGACUAUGAGUUCCAUGAUGAGUUCCGUUAAUCUCAUUACCGGCUCUGCUGCCUUAUUCUUUUAGUAACAUAUAGAUGCAGGAUACUUGCUGCCAUGCCACAACUUGGGUAGGAUUCAAAAUCUUUGUUCUGGGUUUUUUGUUUGUUAAUAUAGGAUUCGAGUAUGAAAGAGAUUGAUUGGACCUCAGACUUCUUCCACUACGACCUCAACGGGGUUUGGUGCCUUUCCAAAAAUAUGAAACUACACUCCUCAUCCAUGGCUUAGUUAUUCAGAAUGAGGCCCAUUUUGGAGAAUGAUUUAUUUCGUAGGCUGCUUUACAAUUGUCAUUACAUGUAAUAGAUUAGUGAACAAAAGGGUAUCAUGAUUGUUAUUUAUCAGAAGUUGAGCUCAAUUUUUA